AAGCAUCAGUGAAGAAUGUCUGUUGUACAGCAGCAGGUAGAUGGAGGACUCAAUGAGAAUGAGAUCAGUCAACAGAUCAGCUCUGAGGACGGAAGACAGAAUCCACCUCAAACAGACACUUUGAGAGCUGAAGCUUCAACUGACAGACAACAAUACUGUGAUCUGGGCAUCCCUGACAUCCAUGCAGCACUGAGAGAACUGACCGCCACUGUUAUAGAGCUGAAAGAAAACAUCAGAGCUUUAGAGACGCAACUGAGGGAUGAGAUGAACAAGAAAAAUGAAGAAAUUUUUAGUCAAGUGGAGGAGUUGAGAAAGGAAAAUAGAGACAGAGAAAUAGCUUUUUCAGCUGCACUGAUGGAAUCUGGCAAUGGAUAUAUUGGUCCUUUUCCCACUGAAAUCACACUAACCUACAGGAACGUCUUCACAAACAUAGGGAACGCCUACAACCCAAUUACAGGUGUUUUCACAGCCCCACUGAAAGGAGCGUACAUGUUCAGAAUCUCUGUAUUUGGUCACGGCCCUGUAUCAGGUGCCUCCAUUUAUAAGAAUGGAGAGAAGGUGGUUAUAGCAUAUGAUAAUCAGCCUCAGUAUGAUUUAAACUCCUCAAAUGGAGUUGUGUUGAUCCUGGAGGUUGGAGAUGUUGUCUAUGUUAAACUUUGGCCUAACACAAGGAUAUUUGAUAGCGAGAAUAACCACAGCACUUUCAGUGGUUUCCUGCUGUUUCCAUUACCCAGCCAGCAAUGACAUGUGGGGCCCAGAUGAGGGCUUCAUGGGCGGCAAAUGUGGGCCCCAUUAUGGGCUUGCACCCGGGAUCCACAUUGGGGCAAGCCGUGGAAGCCCAGACGUACUAAAAGUGGGACCUGUAAGGGUACUGCAUGGGUCUUAAUUGGGCAAUUCAUGUCAGACCCAUUUGGGCCCCACCUGCCCAAAGGGGUCCAAAGUGGGCUUUGCAACAUGGCUACACAGAUGGGCUUUAAAUGGGA